AAAUCGAUAAGCUACCGAUCGACGACGCUCUCUCCAUAUUCUUGUGCCAUGUUCUCCCUCACUUCGUCGGCGAUGCUGGUUUUCAUCAACUUCAAAUUGACAGCAACAACGAAAGAUAUGAGGACAAUGAUGGAACAGUUCCUUGUACUAAAGGUGGGGAGGAACCUGUAGUGCAAUUUGAAAUCCAGAGGUGGAUAUAUCCUUGCUUCUGUCAAAAAGUGCUGUCCAUUCCCAAAUCGAGCACAUGGAUAUUUUUUCUGUGGUUCCAGAUUCUGAAUAUACAAAGGACCUGUUAAAUGAUGAGUGUCUACUGCAUGACCUGACUGAGACUCACCAAUUAUUUUAUUCAGUUGAUAACAUAAGUAUAGAAUACUCAGAGCAAAAGGCUGAUUUUGUGGAAGAUGCUGAUUCUGUUCUAGGAAAACAUCAUUCCAAUAACAUUAAAUUUCCUGAAUUUGAAGUGGAUAUGGAAAGCCUGGGUGUUAUUGGAAGAGUACUUAUGAUGGAUGAAGUGUUGAGUUUUGAAAAUAUUGAAAAGAAGGAGGUGACACAAGCAGGUGAAGUAAUUAGUAAUAACAAAGAGCUUUUGGGUUCUAUGGAGUAUAACUUGAUAACCUCUACAUUCCAUCAUUCUGUAAAAAUGGAUUGCCUUGAAGGAAUAAAUUUGUCAUCACAAGUGGACUGCAUAAGCAUUAUUGAACUGUCACAUUGCCAGCAGUACUCAACUCUCUGUGGGAACCCAGAUGGCUUUUCAAUUAUUUCAGUGGAGCCAACUCCAUUUGAUGAGUUCAUGUUUAUUGAUUUCGAUCUGUAUAAUUUCUGCAAGGUGCUUUCAGAUUCAGCAAAGGAGACUGAGUAUGAAACAUGUGAAAAUAUGUUCAGAGAAGCCAUGAACUUUACAAGUUUCAACCAAUUGGUUGUUUGCCAUGAGCUUACACUUCUAGAUGGCACUUUUAAAUCACUGCCUGUACCUAUUAUUUCAGAUCAUGAAAUUUCUAGUUCACUUCAUAUGCUGAUUGAGGAUUUAUUGUCCCUGUCGGAUUGGCAGUCUUCAUCAGCAUCUGAUGGUCUAUAUCUAGAUUGGAAUUUUCUUGGAGAAAGUGAUUGUGAAUCAGCUAAAUAUUCUCCAUGUUGGAAAUUGUUGGGGGAGAUAGACACUUACAACAUUGACAUUGAUAUGUUCUCGAAUGAUAGUGGAAUAGUAAUCUUGAAUUUUAUUUUUAUCAGAAGGCCAUUUUAGUAAUUCUAGUAAACCAAAUGUAGAAAAGGAUACAGAAGUUUUAGACUCAUCUUGUUCUGAUGUCUCUAUACCCCAUUCCCCUGGUAUAGUAGAGUUAAGUAGCUCGAAGAAUCAGGGAUAUGGAAAAAGAAAAAAGGAUGAUAUCUUAUUGAAGAUUGGUGUUCAGAAUGUUCCGAGUUUUGGUGAAUCGAUGUCAAGUGAUCUUGAGUUUUUUCGCAAUCCCUGUAACUAUGUUCUCGGAAAAGAAAAAAUACAUGCAGAUAAGCUAGUUCAUACCAAAACUGUGGGUCAAGGAUGUAUUUUCAGUAGUGAGGCUGCUGGUGCUAGUUCUACCACUGUUGAACAGAACUUGAAUGUAGAGGAGCAUAAGCAAAGAAAUUUGGGUUUUGCAUCAGCUCUGGAGGGGAAGUUGGAAGAGCUAUUAAAUAUUUUACCUGUCAAGAAAACCCUUGGAAGUGAACCCAUGGAAGCUGUAAAUGAUGCUGAAGUUUGCAAUCUGAUGCCUGUUCAAUCCAUGCCAGUGGGUUCAGAAUCAAAGCAAAAUCAUUCUUGCAUGCCUUUUGGCCCCCACACAGUUGUAAUAGUGAACACCAGAGAUUUAAAUGAAGAAAUGAUAAUUUCUAGGAGAACCACUUACCAGAGGAUUCUUGAAAUGGAGCAACAAGGAGCGCAAGUUCUAGAACGCGAUAUAGGUCUUCCAGUUGAUGUAAUUGUAAGUUCAGAAGUUUGUCUCACUUGGUAUGACUGCAAAAAUAUUGGAAAGAAAGCUUCAGCGCCAGACGAGGCCUUUUCAAGCUUAUCCUUAUGCGUUGAAAGUGUUGCAGCAAGUAUUUUGACAUCCUUGAGUUUUGCUUUCAGUUGCUGCAUCCUGAUAUUUGAAGGAGAAAGCAAAUUUCUCGGCAGCAUUAUGGAAUCAUCAGAUGAACUCUAUGCUGCAGCAGCAAGCUUAGGAAUUGACAUACAGCUCUUUUGCUCGUAUUCAGAUGAGAUGAGUGAAGAAAUUGUAUUGUCCUGCAUCAAUACUGCAGCAAAGUUGAGAAUGGGUCUCUAUCCGAAAAUGUCCGACUCAGAAAGCCUAGCAGAAUCUUUUCUUACUGCUUUUCCUUCAAUUAAUCCUCUCUCAGCUCAUGCAAUAUUGUCCUCAGAUAUUCGACUUGGCAGCUUUCUGGGAUCGUUGAAUGUGUCCAGAAUGUGCACCCUUCAGAAUGAUCAUACUCCUGAUGAAAGCCUAGCUUUGCUGAGUGUAGCAAGCAAAUAUGGAGAGCGGGAAGAUUCUAAAUCAGGAAUAACAGACUGUUCCUCCUCAUUAUCACUUCCAGACUUGGGAAAUGCUCAAUUUAAAAGUGAAUCUGAGAGGAAGAAACCUAAAUACACACACAACCUUAAUGCCGAUCCGCCUUCAAAUGACUUAUUUCCGGUGGACCUAGCAAAGUCACUUCCUGAUUUUGAACAUGAUUUCCAUAAAUUAUCUGUCUCAGGUGAUUCCUGGCUGUCAAGAAGGGCUGAGAUAUCUAAAGCGGAGGAAUUCAGUUUAUCUUUCAAUGAAAAAUCACUGUUUCAUGAUCGGGAUAUUGAUCUUGGCGUGAUGAGGCCUUCUGCUGCUGGCGCAAUGAAGUCUGUUGAUAAAUCAAGCCUUCAUGAUUUCCCAUUGGCAAAAGAUCAUCAAAUAUUUGAUGAGAAUGAAAAGGCCUGGGUGCCUCCAGUUGACCGAGAUUGCAGUCCAAGAUGGAGAUCAGCCAUGGUGAACUAUGACAUGAGCAGACGAACUGUGAAGCUAAAUGGAAUUCGGCAGGGUGAUUCUACUGGGGAAGUUAUCAAUUUAGAGGAUAGUCUAGCAUUUGGAGAAGAUUUGUUUAUUGCAACCUGCAGUAGCUUUUCACCUACUCUGUUUGACAUUGAGAAAGAAUAUUCUGCAAGAAACUCUGGAAUGAACAAAUGGCCUUCCAGUGCAACCAAUCUUCCCAAAUUUGCUAAUCCUACUGAGUUUCGGGAUGGCUCUGGUGCUUGGGUUUCUACAAAUGAUAAGAGACAUAUCUCAAGGGAUGAAAUCAGACCAAAUGAUAUCAUUAAUAGGAAAAACAUUUCUAUGAUGAAACACAAAGAGCUCAUGGAAGAGGAUAUAAUGGAAAGAAAUUCACAAAAUCCCUACAAGUAUAUUCAAGAAAAGGGAAGUUUUGAUAGCACACCAUUCUCAAAUGCUCUUCACUCCACUCAACCUCAGAUAUCACCCUGGACAAUUGAAUUCCUUAACAGAGUAAGGGAGAAGAGUAGAAUGCACAAGCAAUCUGUUUCAUAUGACUUACCCUCUCCAUAUCUGGGCUCCUCUGGGAACACAUCCAAAGUUACUAAAAGAAGAAGUCCUUCAAUUCUUGAAUUCUACAAGUAUGAGGGGGCUGGCACCCCACAGAAAAUAGUUCAAGAGAAGAGACUGAAGAGAUUUUCUAAAGCAACAAACUCAUUGAAGACUAAGAAGGCUGCUACUUCAUGUCCCUUGUCAACACCAGUUGAUAAGAAAGCAAGACAGAUACUAUCUUUCUCGAAAUAUGGAACUGCUGGGCAAAGUAAGCUCAUUUGGAGGGAUAAUGAUAACCAAGCCUCACAAAGAAAACCAUAAAUAGCAUCAAGCAUGGACUCCGAAGAUUUUACAAAAACUAAAGGUUUUGUUGGCUUUAAUGUUGAUUAUGGUGAUGUUGCAGCUAUUCGACGACUUGAGUAUACUUACUAGCCUCUACAUUGCACCACAUCAUCUCAAAAGGAUUUGGAUAAGUAUAUACAGGUUAUACAUUUUUCGUGUUUUUUUGAAUAGUUGGUGUUGGGAAUUGGGAUCAUCCAUCUAUUUUGUUUGAUUAUGAGAGCAGUAUAUAACUAUGAUAGAUGUUCUGUAAAUGUAGUAUCAAAAGUUUCAACAAAGGAUAAAUGUAGUAUCAAAAGUUUUCAACUAA